AUGUCUGUUGGAGGAGAAGCAUUGAUUUAUAACUGUCGCGUCCUGGAUCGUCCAGAGACUACUUCGACAUAUCCACAUAUAGUGUCUGUGCACAAUGGAGGAUUGAAACAUGUUAAUAAUAGUGUUAAAAAGUGUAAACCUUCAAGAUCUAUAUCAGCUUGUGUUCCAAGUUCCUCGUAUGAGGCACUGCGAUAUGCUGUAGCUGCAUUAAAUCGUUUGGAUGAUUUUAAUUGUGAAAAAAUUGGCGCUGGAUUUUUCUCCGAAGUUUUCAAGUUAGGUUAUCUACUAUUCAAAGACUUUUGUGAAAAUGUCUUUGAUGAAUCAGUGCCACAGUUAAGCUUCUUCGAAGAGAUCAAAAGGUACGAAAAGCUGGAGACCGUGGAGGACCGGAGGCAGGCAGCCCGAGAAAUCUACGAUAACUUCAUUAUGAAGGAGCUGCUCUCUCAUACUCAUGAUUAUUCCAAAGAAGCUGUAAGCCAUGUACAAAAGUAUUUGAUGAAAAAUGAAGUUCCAGUUAAUUUAUUUCAGCCAUACAUAGAAGAAAUAUUUAGUUUAUUAAGAGGUGACAUAUUUAGUAAGUUUAUUGAAAGUGAAAAAUAUACAAGGUUUUGCCAGUGGAAAAAUUUAGAGCUUAACAUACAAUUAACAAUGAAUGACUUCAGUGUUCAUCGAAUCAUUGGCAGGGGAGGGUUUGGUGAAGUAUACGGGUGUCGGAAGGCAGAUACAGGAAAAAUGUAUGCUAUGAAAUGUCUAGAUAAAAAACGGAUAAAAAUGAAGCAAGGAGAAACUUUAGCAUUGAAUGAGAGGAUAAUGUUGUCCCUUGUAAGCACGGGGGAAGAUUGCCCAUUUAUAGUAUGCAUGACUUAUGCUUUUCAAACACCAGAUAAAUUAUGCUUCAUCUUGGAUUUAAUGAAUGGUGGUGAUCUACAUUACCAUCUCUCCCAGCAUGGUGUCUUUUCUGAACAAGAGAUGAGGUUUUAUGCAGCUGAAGUGAUUUUGGGAUUAGAACAUAUGCAUAAGCGCUUUGUUGUUUACAGAGAUCUUAAGCCUGCUAAUAUCUUACUUGAUGAGCACGGGCAUGUACGUAUUUCUGAUUUAGGACUUGCUUGUGAUUUUUCAAAGAAAAAACCCCAUGCUAGCGUGGGUACUCAUGGCUAUAUGGCUCCUGAAGUACUAUCAAAAGGAACUGCUUAUGACUCAAGUGCUGACUGGUUCUCCUUAGGAUGUAUGUUAUACAAGCUACUUAAAGGUCACAGCCCAUUCAGGCAGCAUAAAACAAAAGAUAAGCAUGAAAUUGAUAGAAUGACACUGACAAUGAAUGUGGAAUUACCUGACAGUUUUAGUAUUGAAUUGAAAAAUCUUUUGGAAGGCCUGCUUCAAAGGGAUGUGGAUAAAAGGCUUGGCUGUAAGGCCCAAGGAGCUGAUGAAGUGAAGGAACACCCUUUUUUUACGGGUAUUGAUUGGCAGCUGGUGUAUCUUCAGAAAUAUCCUCCCCCUCUCAUUCCACCCCGAGGAGAAGUGAAUGCAGCUGAUGCAUUUGAUAUUGGUUCUUUUGAUGAAGAAGACACCAAAGGGAUCAAACUAACAGAUGCUGAUCAGGAGCUUUAUAAAAACUUCCCUGUAGUUAUAUCUGAAAGGUGGCAACAAGAAAUUGCAGAAACUGUAUUUGAAACAAUAAAUCUGGAAGCCGAUAAAGUCGAACAAAAGAAAAAAGCAAAAAUGAAAAUGAAGUUUGAUGAUGAAAAAGAGUCAGACUGUAUAAUUCAUGGUUACAUCAAGAAGUUAGGAGGUCCGUUUGCUUCUGCAUGGCAAACACGCUAUGGUAAACUUUAUCCUAACAGGUUGGAGCUUCAUACAGAAUCCAGUAGUGCUAAACCAGAACUGAUAUUUAUGGACCAGAUAGAAGAUGUGAUAUCUGAUUAUGUGAUGGUUAAAGGAGAGCAGUGUAUUGUGCUCAAAAUGAAAGUUGACCGGGAACGUGAUGCAAAAAUUGUGCUCACAAAUCCCGAUGAAAUUGGUCUGAAAGAAUGGCUGACGUCCCUGAAAUCCACAUAUAAGAACUCUUUAGAAUUGUUGGCUAGCAUGGCCAAGAAAGCUGGUAAAAUAUAUGGCACAGAAACUAAUAAUAGGAAUAAUAUUGUCACUCGUAAUACCAAUGGCAACUGAAGUCAUUAAAGUCAAGAAAACUGGUGUCAUAUUGGCCCCAUAUUCACCCCAUGGAAUAAAGAAGCAUAAAAAUAAAAUGAAACAUUUUAUUAAAAAAAAACAUAUAUAUAGCCUGAGAAGAUAAACCAGUUGACAAUACGAUUUAAAAAUUGCAUGGUCAAUCUCUGAAUUUUUUACCUCGCUCAAUGAGGCAAGAGGUAGCAGUUGCACGGGUUUGAACUUAUACAGUUUUUUUUUUCAUAUGCUGCUUCCUUAAACAAAAAGAACCUAUUACGUGUAGAUAGAAAUAUCGAGCAUAGAUCUUCUUUGAACUGCAACAGCUGAGCAUCUGCUGAAUGCCAAGUAUGGCACAGGCUGGUGGGCUAGCAUACAUCUGUAAAACAUCAGCUAAUCUGAAUUUUGUGUGCAAUCUCAGAUGUAACCAGGUUUACUUGUUAGUUGGCCGCAUCUGGAUUCAUUCCUUUGUCUUGUUAAUGGUAAUGCAUCCAACUCAGCUCGAUAAAUUAUUUUGUAUAGUUGUACGAGUGUAGUUGUUUGGUAUGUAUGCUUGCCUGUCUGAGCACCUUCCCAAGUUUCCACUUUGCCCUUCUCAUGGGAAAAAACAACAAAAUAUCCCCAGUUUUUUCCAUCUUUUCCCUAUGCAAUGUCUGUUACCACUAAACGUUUGUACACCGUGUCAUGAGGUAGCUCUAAGUAAGCACACGCUAAGAGUCAAAGUUAAGUAUUAAGUUAAGUAUGCAAGACCUUUGCUGUUAUAUAAGGAAGCAACAGAAAAGUCAUGUUGUUUUGUAAAAUACAAAACUAUCGCAUGGUUAAUUGCUGUUUAGACUCAUAGGCUGUUCAAAUUUGUAAUUUACUUAAAAGUAUAAUUUCUGUACAUUUUUACCACUGUGAGUCAAAGUACUAUAUAGUGUAUAAAUAUUCUAAAAAUGUGUAUUAACAUUUUAUGAUGGUUUUAAAUUCAUUUAUGUUCCAAUUUUUUAAAAAUUAUUUUUAAUUUACUAGAAUUUUAAUGUUGCCAUAAUUUUGCUUUUGCUAAUUUCUUUUCUAUAAUUUCAAAUAGUCAUGUAUAUUUUAUGACAACGUUCCUGAGAAUUCUAGAAUAUACAUGAAGCUUGUACCUUUUUAUUAUGCAAAUAAUAAGUCAACUUUCUGUUAUUGCAUGGCUUUUCAAGAAUUGGUAAAUUUGUGGCACAAUAUUUUGAAGAGUUUAAUUUUUUUAAUCCGGUUAUUGUAUAGGUACUGUUUUAAGAAUUUUGACAGUUUUAUUCCAUUUUAUACAUAUUUUUGUCAUUAUGUUCAUAAGUCAUCAUUGUAUAUACAUAGAUCAUACAAAUUUUAUAGUUAAAGUUUUUCAUUGUAGUGUAUAUAAUUUCAAUUUUUUUCUAAAAAGAAAUUACUUAAUAUAUAUAUAUAUAUAUAUAUAUAUAAAGAAAUUCAAAAUGAUUUGAGCAGCUGAACUCUAAGAUUAUAAAUACUAUCAUAACUAUCCUAAUAUCGUAAUCAUGAAAGAAAUGUAUUGCUUUUCAUGUUCCAGAUUAGUUUUUGUCAAAAAUUAAUGUGUAUGUUUUUUUAUAGUUGUUCCAUAGACACCUCAAGAGUUUUAUUUUUUUAAAUGCAAUAUUAAUGUUUUGUAUUUAUUCUGAAUAAUUUUGAUUUAUUUAUAAUUUGAAGCAUAAUUUUGUUUUAAGCAUUUUUUUUUUUUUUUUCUGUAAAUGUACGAAAUUAUUUGUAAAUCAUUGCUUUGAUAAAUAAACUUCCAGUAUAGAAAUUUAAAAGCUAAUUAACAAGCAGGAGAGUUUCAUAUCUAGAUUUAUUUUAAAUUGAUUAUUUGACAAUUUCAUUCUUGCUUCUGUUAUGGAAAUGAUUUAAAGGUCCAUUGUAGGUAUGCCUCUGUAUCAGUACUUUAUAAAAUAAAAUAGUAAAUCACUGGUGUUAAAAUAUUUAUAGUUUAGUAAUAUUAGAUAUUUAUUAUUUAACUAAAAGCAAAGCAAUAACAUUUUAAGCAGUUCACUGGCAUUAUUUGGAAUGUCAAAUAUCAUCGGCUGCGAAAUAAAAGGAAUUUAGAGCGAAUUAAUUUUAAUUAUGGAGGAAAUAAAUGUUGCUGCAGUAGGAUUUUGAUUAUCCCUAUUUAGAAUUUAAGAAAUUUAUUAAAAGUGUACUUAAUUUAAAAAACAUUUUUUUAAUAUAGGCAAAGUUAAAGUUUAGUCUUUUACUUAAUAGAAGUACUAGUGCUUGAAUGAUGUCAGUCAGUGAUAAUUGCAUCAAGAAAACAUUUGCAGUACAAACUUUGCCAAAUUGCAAAAGUAAAACUAUGCAUCCUGGAAAUGAAUAUAAGAUUUAUUGAUGGUUUAUAGUUAGAAUUUAUAUGUUCCAUGCAUGUAUCUCAUUUUAUUUUACUGUAUUUGUGUAUUAAAUUUGACCAUGCUCUUGUGAUUUUAUCAUGUGGUGAAUAUAAUUUAUAUUUUUGUGCCAUAAGUUUCAAAUAAGUUUGUUGUUAAGCGCUUUAUAUUUAAAAUUUUGAGAACAUUUACGGUGAAUUUUUACUUGCAUUUACUGGAUAAUCCAAAUUCUACUGUUUCUGUUCUUCCGUACAAAUGGUAUAUACUGACAUGAACAAGAAUGCACUGCAGAUUUAUAGUUUGCGGUGUCUUGUUCAUGAAUAACUGUAUAAUUUAUUUUUAUUCUUGAAAAGUGAAAUUUUGUGUUUUUGUCUGUAUAUGUAAUCUAGUGUUACAAAAUUCUAAUUAAAACUGAAAAAGAAACAAAACCUGUUCAUGUUGCUCAUUUGUUGUGUUUUAUUUUCUAAAGACAUGUAAUUUAGAUAGUUGUGAUCUGGCUUUUAUAUGUCAUAACUUUCUCUUUGUAUCAUAAAGAUCAAAGGCCAACUGCUUAUUUAUUAAGUGUAAUAUAUACAUAUGAGAACUGAACAUAUUAAUAAAUUUUAUGUUCUUUUUGAAAA